AAAACAAACACAGGGAAUGGACGUCCGAGCGAUGGCAAGUGCCUCUACCCGCUUCUCCCGAGCGGCGGGUGCCGAUCCCGGCGAGGCAAGUCCGAGGCCCAGAGUGGGCCUGGCCAGGAUCGCUGCUGCCGAGUCGGAUGGCAGGGGGGCGUGUGACUGCAGAUGGCGGCCUGGCCGGGAGGACGCCGGCAAGCUGUCGCUGUCCAUGGUGCCGCCUCGGGAAGACAUCGAGGCCGCGUCCAACGACGUGUCCGGCUUCGUCGGGGUCGAUGCCUCCCAGUGGCUCGAGGGCACCGUGCUCAGCUUCGCGGAGUUCGGCGCCUUUGUGCAGGUCGCGCCGCCCUCCGGCGGCGCACCCCCGACCAAGGGCCUGCUGCACAAGUCGCAGAUGGGCAACGGCAACAUGCCGGACGACCCUCAGGAGGUCCUCGAGAUUGGCCAGGCCAUACAAGUCCGCGUGGUGAAGGUCGACGAGGAGCGACAGAGAAUACAGCUGUCGAUGCAGGA